AACGAUCUCGCUUGUUACCUAUGAAAGUAGGUUUUGACAGUCAUCCGCAAACAGACGGACACCCAGUACUGCCAACCGCUCGGACUUGUUUUUACCGUUAGAAGAUUAUCAGCGUGCGAGAACGAUUAAUUUUAUCCACAUCCGUCGCGCGCCUAGGAUCUGGAACAUUUCACGCGUUUUCAUGAUGACUCAAUGCGUAUAAAUUCUCCUCGCGAAUGUAAAAUCCGAGCAAUUUAAAUGGCAAGAGAUUUCAAGGUUUCGGUAAAACGACUUCGAACUGCGCACAAUUUCGCGAUUCUCGUCGUUGGGGAGAAGCACAAGAAAAUUUGCAAUUGCACACGACGUGAGGAUGAACGGAUUAACAAUUCGGGUGCUGUACGGAAGUGAGACCGGAACCGCUCAGGACGUCGCCGAGCAGAUUUGGAAAAGCGCUAAAAGAAAAAAAUUGCUAAGCACCGUCUCGUCUCUGGAUGAUUACGACAUUCAGAAUCUGUUUACCGAACGAUUGAUUGUCUUUGUUGUGGCGACUACCGGACAAGGAGAUCCUCCGGCUAACAUGAAACAAUUUUGGCGACAUUUACUGCGCAAGAAUCUUCCCUCGAAUAUGCUCCGAAAUUUGCGAUACGGCGUGCUUGGUCUGGGCGAUAGUUCCUACUCGAAAUUCAACUUUGCCGCGAAAAAAUUGAACAAACGCCUGUUACAAUUAGGCGGCGAGGAAUUGUUGCCCAUCGGGCUUGCCGACGAUCAACACAACUUGGGAAUCGACGCCGUCGUUGAUCCGUGGGUCAGAAAAUUGUGGGAAGAAAUUGCGAGCGUUUUCCACAUUUCUGUGGAAGAUAAAAUCGACGAAGAAAAUUCGACGAUCGAGAGAUACGAUGUUACGAUAAUAAAACCGGAUCAGUCGAAAAACAUUGAACGAUCAAUAAACAGUCGAUUUCAAUCGAAUGCGAGUAACAUCUACGCGCAAGAGAUGAAUGUAAACAGCGCGGUUGGAAUAGGAACGGUAGUGGAAAAUGUACGAACCACUUCGGACGAUCAUUUUCAAGAUGUCAGAUUGAUAAAGAUCGAAGCGAACGAUAUUAAAUACGAUCCCGGAGACGUUAUCUACGUCAGACCGAAGAACUCCGCGGACCAAGUCGAACGUUUCUUCGAUAUACUUCACGAGCACAACAUAAAAUUGUUUCCCGACACGAUGGUACAAGUGUCGGAGAAGGAAAUAAAGGUUCCGUUGGUUUUGACGCGAAAUUUAUCUUUGGGAGAGAUAGUUGAACAAUAUUGGGAUCUGAAUUUUAAACCGCGAAGAUCCACGAUGCACACCUUGUCUCUUAUCAGUGAAAAUGAAUUGGAGAGAGAAAAGUUACGCGAGUUCUCCGCUCCCGAGGGUCAAGAGGAACUUUAUGAUUACAUAAACAGACCGAAAAGAAACAUCCUGGAAGUUCUCGCGGACUUUCCUCACACCACCAGUAAAAUGAACAUCAAUCUGCUGUUCGAGAUCAUGUCUCCCAUAAAACCGCGUCCUUACAGCAUCGCGUCUUGCUCAAAGGCCACCCCGAAUAACGUUCAAAUUUUGGUGGCGGUGGUCAAAUUUAAGACUAGACUGAUGGAACCGCGAUUCGGUUUGUGUUCGAAGUGGCUGGCGAGUCUGAAAACUAACGACAAAGUAAUAUUUUGGUUACAAAAAGGAACUUUUCGGUUUCAAAUCAAUAAACCGAUGAUUUUGAUAGGUCCCGGAACCGGAGUAGCUCCGUUUCGAUCCUUACUCCUGGACAUGACAAUGGAAAAAGAGGAUUUAAAGGAGUGUAUUCUCUUUUUUGGAUGCAGAAACAAAGACAAGGAUUAUCACUGCAGGGAAGACUUCGAACGUCUGUCAAGGGAAAAUAAUCUGAAAGUGUUCUGCGCGUUUUCCAGGGAUCAAGAUCACAAGAUAUAUGUGCAACACGUUAUUCGUCAGAACGGAGAACUGUGCUGGCAAUUUUUGCAAAACAGCGGAAGCAUUUAUUUAGCGGGAAGUUCGAAAAACAUGCCAGACAAUGUGCGCGAUGAGUUUGUCAAUUUGGCGAAGGAGAUCGGCAAAAUGACAAAUGAAGAGGCCGAAAUCUUCAUCAAGCAAUUGGAAAAAAACAAUCGAUAUCAAACGGAAACUUGGAGUUAACAACACUUUCUUAU